CGAUUGCGGUAACCGGUUUUGCGUAUUCCACAGGUUGCCGGGUUAUCGGGCAAGAGGUGGCCGCCUGGAAGAACAUCAGCCUGUACGACGACCCGUGUCUGACCUGUCACUGCGAGAGAUCCGCGGCCGGACCGGUGCUCACCUGUUCGAAAAAGGCGUGCCCUGUGCUCCAGUGUCCGUCCAGCAGCAUGCAGAUACUGCCGGGUGAAUGCUGCCCCAGAUGCGUGGGCAAAAGUAGAAAAUUGAUGGACCCGCCGAGAGGUGCCUGUCUGCUGGGUGAUAAGAUCACGCCUUCGGGUCAGGGUACGCACCCUGACAGGUGCACCGAGUGCACGUGCGCCAACUCGACGGUGGUGUGCACUCGGGAGACUUGUCCGCCACUGGACUGUCCCGUCGAGAAACAGACGUUCGCGUCACACAACCAGUGCUGUCCGCAGUGCCCGAGGACCCUGGACAAGAGCGAGACGUGCGUGGAAAAUGGCAACGUUUACUUGAACGGGGACGGCUGGAAGGUGGACGAGUGUAAGUCGUGUCUGUGUGUCCGUGGCCAGGUGCAGUGUGCCCAAGAGAUGUGUCCACGAAUUUCGACGUCGUGCCCGUUAAAUAUGAAGCUGCGAACCGUUCCGGGGUCGUGUUGCCCCCGAUGUGUACCAAUGGACGGAGUGUGCACAGUCUUUGGCGAUCCACAUUACAGAACAUACGACGGAAAAUUCUUCAGCUUCCAAGGACCAUGCAAAUACCUAUUGAGUGCGGAUUGCGUGGGCCGGACCUUCAGCAUUCGGGUGACAAACGACGCAAGAAACACGAGAAAUUCAGCGUGGACGAAAACUAUUUCUUUGAGGACUGGAGGUUUGAAAGUAAACCUCGGUGAGAAUAAACGGAUCAAGAUCAACGGACAGAGAGUGUCUGUGCCGUACAAGAGGAGUAACGAGCUGACCAUAUCCAACAUGAACGAUACUGUAUUGGUUGAGACCAGAAUUGGCGUUUCUAUCAUUUGGGAUGGGCGAGGAUUUCUAGAAGUGUCCGUACCGUCGAGGUACAAAGGCAGUUUGUGCGGACUGUGCGGAAAUUUUAACUCUGUACCCAGAGACGACAUGACCACUAAGGACGGCCAAGUAGUGUUGGAGCCCCAAGUGUUUGGAUCGUCUUGGCGCGUGGGUGGCAAGAACGCGUGCAGCCGGCCGUUGAAACCCCCGUUCGUGCAAACGUCGACACAGUGUUCCAAGAAGGGGCCCCGAAUUCGAGAACGGAUGUGUAAGCCGCUCCGACAACGGAUGUUUGCCGCGUGUCACAAAAAGCUCAACCCAGUCAACUUUUUCAGGUCCUGUCUGAUGGACAUGUGCGAGUGCCCCACGGGCCGGAAGUGCUAUUGCGAGGCGAUGACAGCGUACGCGCACAACUGUCGCCGCCUUGGUGUGUCGCUGCCGGACUGGAGGACCAUGACCGGAUGCCACACAUACUGACCCGCGUCCUCACGUCCAUCCCGUGCAGUAGACUCCGCUUGUUUGUUGUUGCUAGUCAUUGUUUUUUUACACCUUCAACUUUGCGGUGGUCGCCGCGCGUUUACCUGACCGACGGGUCGAAAUGAUCGUGACAGACCGUUUCCACGUUACCGUUUAAACAAAUAGUAAUAAUAAUUUAGUAACAAUUAACUUAACUUUUAAGUGGCUACAACAAACUCUGACCCGGCGGCGACUCUACCGUUUCCAGGCGGGUGUCCGUCGCAUAAUUAUACCUUACCCUUUUACUACCAUAAUAUUAUGUCUAUGGUUUUAUUUAUUUAUACAUUUAAUCAGUUCGAUUGUACGGUCGCGACUAACCUAACCGAACCUGGUCGAUGUUUUAAAAUCUGAACGCCGGCGUUUACACUGUAAUAUACAUACCGCGAUUUAGUAUAAGUAUACCACAAAACAGAUUGCAGAGUAAUGUUAUUGUUUGCAUUCAUAUUUUUCGAUAUUGGCCUAUUAUAAUUUAUUUGUAGUGUGUUUUCGUAUAAACGCGAAUUUUGACGAAUUUUCCUCCUCAUUCGUGAUAAAUGAUAAUAUAAAUUAUUA